AUGCUCGCCCUCCGCCCCGCCGCCCGCCGCGCGCAGCAGCUCGCGCAGCUCUCGCAGCUCUCGCACCCCUCCCGCACCGCUGCCCGCGCCUACAGCCUGUCCUCGUACAUCCCCUCCUCCGGCACGCAGACGUCGCCGUUCGCGCCGCGCCACCUGCUGUCCAUUGCCGACCUGACGCCCGCCGAGCUCACGACGCUCGUGCGCAAUGCCGCCGCCCACAAGCAGCGCAUCAAGGCCACGGGCGAGGUGCCGCUCAGCCUGCGCCAGACCCUCGCCGGCCGCACCGUCGCCAUGACCUUCAGCAAGCGCAGCACCCGCACCCGCGUGUCCACCGAGGGCGCCAUCGCCGCCCUCGGCGCCGCCCCGAUGUUCCUGGGCAAGGACGACAUCCAGCUGGGCGUCAACGAGUCGCUCUACGACACCUCGCUCGUGCUCUCGUCCAUGACGGCCGCCAUCGUCGCCCGCGUCGGCCCGCACAGCGACGUCGCCACCCUCGCCCAGCACUCGUCCGUGCCCGUCAUCAACGCCCUCUCCGACCUCUACCACCCCAUGCAGAUCAUCGCCGACCUGCUGACCAUGACCGAGUCGCACCCCUCGUCGUCGACCACCUCGCUCGACCUCGCCGGCCUCAAGCUCGCCUGGAUCGGCGACGCAAACAACGUCCUCUUCGACCUGGCCAUCGCCUGCGCCAAGCUCGGCAUCACCUGCAGCGUCGCGACACCCGCCGGCUACGAGAUCCCCCAGGCCAUGCGCGACGUCAUUGCCCACGCCGCCCAGACCACGCCGCACGCCGGCGCCCUGCUCGAGACCACCGUCCCCGAGGAGGCCGCCCGCGACGCCGACUUCCUCGUCACCGACACCUGGGUCAGCAUGGGCCAGGAGGAGGAGACGGCCAAGCGGCUCGCCGCGUUCAAGGGCUUCCAGAUCACCGACGAGCUGGCUGCGCGCGCGGGCGCAAAGCCCAAGUGGGAGUUUAUGCACUGCCUGCCGCGCCACCCGGAGGAGGUCAGCGACGAGGUCUUCUACGGGCCGCGCUCGGUGGUGUUCCGCGAGGCUGAGAACAGGCUGUGGGCCGCGCUGGCGGUGCUGGAGGCCUUUGUCGUGAACAAGGGGCAGAUUGCGUGA